GCUUUCCGUCGGCACUCUUAGCAUGAGAUUGUUUACAUCGGCCAUGCGUGUAAACAAGAGCAGGCAGCCUUGUACUAGUGAUACAUGUUCUCCGCAAGAGCAGUGAUUUUCUGUUAUUUACAAGUAUUAUUAAGGAAUUCAAAAUGAGUGUUAACAACAACUGGCAGGUAGAGAAAUACAAAUACCCAUUUGAAAGUGAGGAACACUGGAAACUCAAGAAAGAAUUCUUGCUUGCACACAAGAACAAUGUUCCUGAAGAACAGCUGGUAUGCCUUGCACAGGUGUAUAUAAAUGUAAAGCUGCUUGGUUGCAGGUAUCCAGCCCAGACAAUGAAAAAGAUUGCAGCACUUGGUGUCAACCUUGGGAAAGAGUACAAAGAAAUGCAGAAGACGCGGCUUCAACGCACAUUCGUCAAGGCUUCCGAGGCAGCUGAAGCCAAAAUCAUGAGAGCUCCAAAGAGAAAGAUUGAAGACACAAAGCAGAGUAACAAAAAUACAAAGAAAGUGCCCCUAGCUCAGAGACCUGUAGCGUUUGUUAAAUCUAGUGACAACCAAACGGAAAAUCAGAAUGCAAAAGAAGACACUGCUCACACUCAGGUACGUAAGCAACCCAAGCAGAAGAAAAUGGCAAAGAAGAACAACAGUACACCAGUCGCCAGUACACCAGUCGCCAGUACACUAGUCGCCAGACACGAGACAGAUCAGGAACACAGGAGUACCAGUGUGCUGCCCUUAUCUAUGAGACCCUUAGCCUUUGUGAAGUCCGAUAAGGUCCUUCAUUUGGGGAAGGACCCACCAGACACCCCUGAAGAUGAAAUGAAUGAAGCUGAGGUAGAAGAAGCAGAAACAGAACCGAGCAGUGAACCAGUCUCCGAGCAGAAAAAUCAGCCAGAAACAAAACCAACAGGUAAACCAGUCUCCAACCAGAAAAAUCAGCCAGAGACAAAAUCGACCAGUGAACCAGUCUCCAACCAGAAAAAUCAGCCCAAAACAAAACCAACUAGUAAACCAGUCUCCAACCAGAAAAAUCAGCCAGAAACAAAACCGAGCAGUGAACCAGCCUCCAACCAGAAAAAUCAGCCAUGGAGUAUCAACCUUGCACCGAAUAAAUAUGUAAUAGCAGUCCAGAAUAACUCCAAAUUCACCAAUCCUGUCGUGCAGCCUAAAGGUUCAACCUCAGGAAGGGAAAUCACUCAGUCGGAUGCCAGGGCAGGAAGAGGAGCAAUGAGGUCCGGUCCAGCCUCCCAAGGGCCAGCACCCACACCUGCAUUCAAUCAGACCAACAUAAUUGCCCCCUCAAAUGGAAUGCAACAGAGGCAAGGACAGAAACCAUUCAUGAAAUUCAAGAUCAACGAGCGGGACCCCCUGGCCAGAUUGGUGAUUUUGGAGCAUGGAUAUGUCAACAAUGACUCUGCAACCAGCACUGUCAGCCAGUCGGCCAACUUCUCCCACAUGCACAUAGAGUUCAAAUUUAACGAUUGUGGUUGUAACACGGAGUGUGCAGUGAUAAUCCAGGGCACACAGGUCGGUAAGGCCAAAGAACCCACCAAGAAGGCUGCCAAGGAGAGUGCAUCGACACAGGCCCUCGAGGAGCUCCGGCGCAGGUGCUAUACUCUCAAGAUCAUGAAGAAGCAUGCAUCAGAGGAGGAGGUGUCCAUUACUGAUGUGCAUGGCAGGGUGUCCAAGGUGAAUGAAGGAGGCUCCUCUUUAGACAGGCCCAUGGAGGACUCGUCCAUAGGCAGCAAGCUCCUCAAGAUGAUGGGCUGGAGUGGUGGAGGACUCGGCAAGGAAGAGUCAGGCAUCACAGAGCCUAUCAGGCCAGCUACUGUAUUUGGGCGUGAAGGACUGGGCCACGAGGAGCAGGGUGUCACGCACAAGUUCCGCUCGUAUAUCAGGACUCUCCUCUCAGACUUUGCCAAGGGUUCCAGCCUGAAGGACUUGGCCUUCUCCCCAGAGUUCUCCAGGGAGCAGCGGGCCGAGAUUCACAUGGCUGCUCGUAAAUUCAAGCUAAAGACCAAGAGUUUCGGCGAGGGGCAGAACCGCUUCUUGGUGCUGUCCCGCAAAUUCUCAGCCCUUGAGCUCAUCGAGAAGAUCGUGCAGGAGGGUGGGACGAGCAAGUACGAGGUUGUGCCACCAAAGCGCUAUUGACGGGGGGGGGGCUAUUACGUCUCAAAAGAGCAUUGCAGGACGAUAGUGUUUGCAAGGAGGGCAUUGUUGCUCAAGUCCCCCCCCCCCCCUUCCCUUUUUUUAAACACACUUAUAGUAUGAUAUAUAUAAAUAUUCAUGUUUAAGUAUUUAUAUUUAUUUAUGUAUAUUUGUGUUUCAUCACUUUGCUAGUAUUUCUUUUGUUGGCAAUCCUAUAUUUUGUCUCAGUCUUCCACUGCAGCCCAAGUCCUUUGACACGCAAGUGAAAAACGGGCAUUAUUGCAAGUAGUAUAUUUCUGUAGUGCUAUAUUUCCAAUCAUGUUGAAGGAACUUGAAUAUUUUAACAGAGUAAUGCAGCAGUGGGAGUCUUCUGAGCAGUAUUUAAUCAAUGUCAUUAUUUCAUCUGAUGUGUACAUUGGAGAACUUUUCUUAUCAGUUUUUGUUUGUUGUUCAGCUAAUCAUUGUCUUCUGGUUAUUGACACAUUAAAGCAUGUAAGAUAUAUAUACAUACAACAUAAUGCAUAGAUUAAAUAUUCAAUGUAAAGUAGAUUUACAUUACACAGAUUUCAUAAUGUUUUGUUUUUGAAUGGCAUAAUGAAGAUCCAGAUUGUAUAAGUGUUUGUGACGUCACAGUAAAAAGGGAAUUUUUUUAAAGACAUGAAUAGGAAAAGUACUCUUUACCUUAUCAUUUUAUUUUUCUGUUCAUUUGUUUGUUUGUUAAAAAAUCCUACUGAGUGAAAUGAGAUGAUGUUAUUAUGUAUUCUGUACAAAUGAAAUGUAAAAAAAAUAAACAAUAUUUCUGUAACAAGAGAUACAUCCGCGAAAGAAAUACGGAAAUAAAAUUAUUGACCAA